AUAUCGUUCAGUCCGACAGGGAAGUGGCCUAACCUUCUCGGAGCAGGUGUCUUUGGAGGAGCUCACACUUGGAGGCGUGAGGAGGGGAAAGAUCAUAAUACCGCAUUUCCCUCUCUAGACCUCCUAAAUAUUUAGAUGUUUGCAAACAUGGUGUCCAAGUUGACAUCUUUGCAACAGGAGCUUCUGAGCGCCUUGUUGGACUCUGGAGUUACCAAAGAUGUGCUUCUGCAAGCUUUGGAGGACCUGGACCCGAGCCCGAGCGCUUUUGGAGUUAAACUGGACAGUCUGCAGAUGUCCCCGUCCGGCUCCAAACUCAGCGAUACGGAUUCAAAGCCGGUGUUUCAUACGCUCACUAAUGGACACAGUAAAGGGAAGUUAUCCGGAGAUGAAGGCUCCGAGGACGGGGAUGAUUAUGACACACCGCCAAUUCUCAAAGAGCUCCAGUCUCAAAACACCGAGGAAGCGGCCGAGCAGAGGGCAGAAAUAGAGCGAAUGUUGGCGGAGGACCCGUGGCGCGCGGCCCGCAUGAUCAAAGGCUACAUGCAGCAGCACAAUAUCCCUCAGCGCGAGGUGGUGGAUGUGACGGGCCUGAAUCAGUCGCACCUGUCGCAGCACCUGAAUAAAGGCACGCCUAUGAAAACGCAGAAACGCGCGGCGCUCUACACCUGGUAUGUGAGGAAACAGCGGGAGAUCUUGCGACAAUUCAACCAGGCCACACAAGGCUCUGGCGCCACCAUGUUAGACAAAGGAAAUCAGGAUCAGGUACUCCUUUUUUUCUCAGAGUUUAGUCAGUCUGGGCAAGGUAUGGUCCAGCCAGGUGAUGAUGCUGCUAUUGAGCCUGCUUGCAAGAAGCUCAGACGCAACCGUUUCAAAUGGGGGCCUGCAUCCCAACAAAUCCUUUACCAGGCUUAUGAGCGGCAGAAGAACCCCAGCAAAGAGGAGAGAGAGGCAUUGGUGGAGGAGUGCAACCGGGCUGAGUGCCUCCAAAGAGGAGUGUCUCCAUCGAAAGCUCAUGGACUUGGCUCCAACCUGGUCACAGAGGUGCGAGUCUACAACUGGUUUGCUAACAGAAGAAAGGAAGAAGCCUUCAGACAAAAGUUGGCUAUGGAUGCCUACAGUGGGCCAGCGCAUAGCCUAAACUCCCUCCUUUCACAUAGUUCCCCGCAUCACCCACAAACUAGCAGCUCCCCACCAAGCAAGAUGCAAGGUGUCCGGUACAGCCAACAAGGUCCAGGUGAAGUCAGUUCUUCAACAACGAUCAAUCACCAUAGCAGCAAUGCCAUGUCAACCAGCCAGUCAGUGUUACAGCAGGUCUCUCCAGGGGCGCUGGACCCCAGUCACAGCCUCCUGUCACCUGAUGCCAAGAUGAUCUCGGUAUCAGGUGGAGGUCUUCCUCCAGUAAGCACCCUGACCAACAUCCACGCAUCCCACCAUGUGCACCAACAGACCCCUAACCUUAUAAUGCCACUCUCUGGAGUCAUGGCCAUUGCACAAAGUUUGAACACAUCGCAAGCACAGACGGUGCCUGUCAUAAACAGUGUUGCAGGCAGUCUGGCAGCACUGCAGCCAGUGCAGUUCUCUCAGCAGUUAAAUAGCCAACACCAGCAGCUCAUGCAACAGUCAUCUGGACACAUGAGCCAACAGUCCUUCAUGGCCUCCGUCUCACACUCACACAUGUACCCACACAAGCAGGAGCCACCCCAGUAUUCUCAUUCGUCUCGGUUUCCCCCGGCCAUGGUGGUGACAGACGCCAACAGCCUCAGUACACUGAGCUCAAUGUCCUCCAGCAAACAGUGUCCACUACAGGCCUGGUGAAUGUAUACACCUGACUUCUUCGAUGCCAAGCAACAGGAGCACAUUGUCCCAACCUCCAUUCCCCUUCAUCGCACCUAUAUCCAUGGCAACCCAUAAUAUGUGCGAGCGGCACGCUGGAUGAUCAGUGGGUCAAUAAACCACGAGCUGAAGGCAGGACUGAUGAGAAUGAACACUGUUGGGGUGUUUGGGUUCACAGUUGGGUGACUAGAAGUCUGGCUCGGAUGAUCAACAUGGCGCCCAAUUUAGUGACAGUAUUUUACUUCUCAUUGAUGGACAAACUAAAUUAAGGAACGCACAUGAUCCAUAUGAACAAACAAAUACGAAACGCAUACAACACAGUCAGAUGAAGAUGCAAAGAUGGAGCGGGAAGACCUGGAAUCCAGGAAUAAGAGCACAAAAUGUGUGUGUAUGUAAAACUUUACAAUCAAACUGUGUGGAUCCAAUGACAAUCAGACAAUGUUAGACGCAUCGUUAAUGUAAAAUAACCGAUGCAAAGACGUCUUCCUUGAGAUAUCAAUGCUUAGAAAAUGUUCUGUACAGUUGGGUGUAAAUACGAGCAAUUACUAUAUCAUUAUUAUUAUUAUUAUUAUUUCAUUACUAUGAAGGAUGUAAAUAUUCAGUUUUAUCUGUCUAAACAUGUAAACUGUGAUUGUGAAUGUGACAAUCUAAGGAACAGGCAUGAUGUAUUGGAAUAUGCAGUGUGUCAGAGAGAAGGAUUUCAAAACUUUUCAGAAAGCUUCGUUGACGUCAGAUCUUAAAAGAGAGAUAAAUGUAAAAGCACAUUCAACAAAACGUUGAACCUAUUGAUCCUUCUGUAAGCCUUGUUUUAAAAUAGACACUGUUGUCAAUGUUGACUGCCAUUAGUGUGGCGUCAGAUAGAUAAGAGUCAUCUUUCUGUGCCAGCCAAAGAAAUACUGAAUUAAGAAGUGGUCGAUCGGAGAGACUCAGAGAUAACUCUAUCUGUAAAGAAGUUCACAGUUUUUGUGAUACUGGGAAGAACGGCCAUGAAUCAUGACAUCUCUAAUUUAAAUAUUGACCUUCAGUCAAACUGUCAUUGUGAUGGUGGGGAGAUAUCUGAAGAAAAGAGCGUCCUGUUGAAUUGGUCAGCGUAAUUGUUAUCAGCUGGAAUUUCAGAAGUUGAGGAAAUCGAAUCAGUUCGCCACUUCAAACAGUAUUAGCUGCUCACGCAACCCUGAACUACCAGAAAGCAUUGUGAAAUAGUUUUUACUGUGGCUUUUUUUUUUACAUUUAGGCCCAAUCCCAAUUCUACCCCUUAGCCCUUUCCCUUACUCCUAACCCUCGUUUUGCGUGUUCAUGUGAAGGGGUAGAGGUGUCCAAAUUCUCUUUGGCUUGAAGACAUAGGGCUAAUGGGAAGGGCUAGAUACCCCCUGAAACAGAUUUUUCAGGACCACACUUGAAACCAAGGGGUAAGAAAAUUUCCCAGAAUACACAAUCUACACGGAAAUAAGAAGAUGGAUAAAUCAGUAUUUUUUUGUCAUUAUUUCAAAUUUGUACAACAAACAAGCACAUGUGUUAAUAUAUUCAUAGCCGCAUUCGUGUUUUACCAUUAUGCUUUAAAAAAAACCGCUAAAAUAAAACACGUUAAAUUUGGCUAUAAUCUAUAAUCCCUAACAAUAGCUUCUGUUUAGCAGUCCCACAACAUUCAGACACUCGAUGACACUGGAAUACCCAGUCAGAAAAGUCUAGUGGCUGGGAAUGAGCUUUUUACAGUGUCUGCUGUAAUGUUAAUGUUGUUUUGUGUGUUUACAUUGAUGAAAAUGGGCAGGGUGUAAAUGCACAGUACAGUUACGAUCUUAUUACCACAUUAGAUUGUUAUGAUAACACGAUAUCUUUGCCUUCGGUGAUUUCCUCUAGUUAAAUACCCACAAAUAACGCAACUGGAAGAACUACAGCAGUCACGAUCGUUGAUCUCAUAUGAAGCAAGAGAUCGCGAUGACAUCUGAUGAUGUGUGCAGGUGCUGUAGUACUGUCCCAUUUCUUAGGGGUAAAAUUUAAAACCCUUCCCAUUCACACAGGGGUUGCCACAGCGGAAUGAACCGUAAACUUAUCCAGCAUAUGUUUUACACAGCAAAUGCUCUUCCAGCCGCAAUCUAGUACUGAGAGUUUGAAUUCUUGUCAAAAGGUCAUUUCAAUGUUUUUUUUGUUAUGUUGUAACUAUGUUCCCACUGCCAUUGCUGGUUUAUUCUCCUGUUAAAUGCUGGAUUUAUACAAGAUGUGAUUUGUUCCACAUUGUAUUAUUUUUGUACAAAAUGAAAUCAAUCUUUUAAAAAUCACUAUUUAUGCUUUACGGAAAAAAGGUUUCGAGUAAAGUUUUUUCCUCAAGAUUGAUAA